AUUCAUUUCUUUGUGAACGACUCAUGAGGAUUUACAACGCUCGAUUUUAACCGUUCUAGACCUAUUUCAGUCGUUUUCGAUAAAAAUCAAGGCUCUUCAACAUGCUAUAAGACAGAUCUGAGGAAAUACUUGACAAAAGAUGGAAAUAGUUAAAUCUCUUUUCCUACUCUGCGUUAUUUUUCAGACGACAACUUCCUUUUCCUCUAAAUACAGAAAAUGCGAGAGAAUAACAAUUAAUGACUGUAAAAAUGUUGGUUAUAAUUAUACUUUAAUGCCGAAUGUUUUUGGACACACGGCUCAAUCAGAAACGGAAAAUGCUUUUGUGAUGCAUCUGGUCAGAAUGACCAAACAAUCAACUUCGUUAUGCCACGAUCAUGCAAAGUUCUUUUUGUGUGCUGUUGUCGUUCCAAUGUGCUCGGAUGCAUAUCCUCCAAAACCGAUGGUCGUAAGACCUUGUAGAGAACUAUGCGAAGAAGUCAAAAAGGAUUGUGAGACUACUCUGAAGGUCUUUGGAGUUAUUUGGCCAGCUGCUAUUAGAUGCGAGGACCUUAUCUCCGAAGAAAACCAAGAUGGAGAAGUUUGCAUGCAACCACCUUCUAAAGAUAUGAGAAAGAAUGAUCACAGACGCAAAGACAGUAGAAACAGAGACGAUUAUUAUACUUUUGGAAAUUCUGACUCAGCUAGGAAUCAAAUAAAUCGUUGUCCAGAUAGAUUUGUCUAUGUACCGACGAUGUCCAAUAAGACGAAGAAAUGCGCUAUGGCAUGUGAUAGAGACGUGCUAUUCAGAGAAACAGACAGACAGUUCGCCAAAUCUUGGAUGACUGCCUGGGCGACUGUCUGCUUUAUUACAUCAUUCUUGACCGUACUCACGUUUGCUUUGGACGCUUCAAGAUUUCCGUUCCCAGAACGACCCGUAGUAAUGUUAGCAUUUUGCUACGCAGCCUAUGCAAUUCCGUAUAUAAUUCGAGCUAUUGUCAAGACGACUGCCUGUGGUAAAGAAAAUAACAGAUUAUACACGCUUCAAGAUGGUUUUGAUAAGCCAGUAUGUUUAGUCAUAUUCAUCUUUUUAUAUUACUUUGGAAUGGCUGGUGCAAUAUGGUGGACCAUACUUACUUUUACAUGGUUCCUGGCCGCCAGAAAAGGAUGGGGUAAAGAAUCUAUCGCCAAACUCUCAAAUUACUUUCACAUAGUGGCUUGGGUCUUACCGGCUGUUCCCACAGUUGUUGCUAUAGUUGCACGAAAAGUGGAUGGAGAGCAAUUAACCAAUUUAUGCUAUGUUGGUGGUCAUGAUCGUACGGCCCUCUUGGGUUUCGUUAUCGUACCGUUGUCAGCCUUAUUGGUUAUCGGUACUUUAUUUAUUUUAUCCGGUUUUUGUGGUCUAUUCAACUUGAGGAGACAUCCUCCCCCCGAUCCUUCUUAUCCUAAUGAACUUAACAUUAAAAGAUUGGAACGGCUUAUGGUAAGAUUAGGCUUGUUUGCCGUCUUUUAUACCGUUCCUACUAUCGUCGUAUUGGCCUGUUAUAUUUACCAAUACACUUAUAUGGAAGAAUGGCGAACGAAGGCAAUGAUGUUGAGACCUUGCCCACAUCAAAGUCAUUGUGCGCUCCAAGCUUCAAUACCUGAAGUUAUAGUAUUCGUAAUUCGAAUUCUUAUGCAAUUAAUUGUUGGAGUAACAACUGGUAUGUGGAUUUGGUCAUUUAAAACAUUAUACACUUGGCGUAGAGUAUUAUGCUGUAAAAGUGCUCCAAAUAAGCCAAAUUCUCAAACUCUUCAACCUCUAAGACAACCAGCCAGCAGUUCGAGUGGCAGAACUGGUUUUACUGGACAUACUUAUCAAUUACCACCGACUUCAACACAUUUUAGGCCUAUGACAAAUUCAUACAUUAGAACUCCAGUUAAUUUAUAAUUGAAAGAAGCAAAAAAAAGGAACAAAAACAAAAAAAAGGACAAAAAAGAGAAUACGCAGUCUUUUAUUUUUUCUUUUUUUCUUUUUAAGAAAAAAAAACACAAGAAAUUUUUGUACUGUAAAUGUUGGCUUGCUAUUUGAGUUUUUUUUUUCUGCUAAUUGAUUAGUACAUCUCUUCCUUGUUUAGACUUUGUAGAUGAAAAUUAAUUGUUAGUCUCUUUUUAAAAAAUUUUUUUAUACAUUCUUUUGUUAGAUAAGUGUUGCAUGAUGUAAUCAAAUAAAUAAAUCAAAAUGAAAUAGCCUAUAUAUAUAUAUAUACCUGUUUAUGCAUAUACACUGUAUAGGCGUAUUCUAAAACUUCAAACAUUGUUUGUUUUUUUCACUCCUCUCUUCUCGAGUAUAAAAAGCCUUUUUCCAAAGGUCUUCUAUUAUCAUUCAGAUAGAGUUGAAUUAAAAAAAAAGAUGGUAUCUUUUACAAAGUUGUUUAUUGACUAUAAGAAGACCCUUUUACCGUUACUAUUCACUCUAUAAAAGGGUCUAUCUUACAUCUAAAAAGAAUAUUUACUCUCCAUCCAUCAUGCGUUUAU